CUCUUUUGAACAAUCGUCGGUGGUUUAAUAAUACAUUUAAACAUUUCGCGGCAGAGUUAUUAUCAAACAUGUCAAUCUUACAAAUGUCAACAAUCCUAAAAUAAUUUAGAACCGAAACGUGAUCCUUUGUAAAAUUAUAUGUCCCAAUAAUCAAAUUGAUUUGUACUCAAGUAUAAAGUUAAACAAUUUACUCCAAUAACCACGGUCACCAGCAAGUUCUCUCAAAUGGAGAAUAUCAUCAUACGACUCCAGCAAGAUAAAACGCUUUCAGAGGUCAACCUUCAGGUGGUGUAGGAGGUUACGUCUGUGAGCCCCGAGUCUACCAACUUCACUACACAUCUCGACAGCAAAACACAGCGCAGCUUGAGCUGGUGAUCGUGGCAGAGUAACUCAUUUUAUUUACACAAUACUGUAGUUUAUAUCUAUACAAAUAAUGACUGCUUACACAUACAAGUUACAUGUACAACGUGCUCAAAAUACUUGAUUCAGUUUUCAAGAUUGAAAGAUCAUUCAAACAGUAUAAUUAUAAUAAUAAUAAUUCUAUACAGUUACAUAAUUGAAACAAUUAUGGCCCCUUAUUGUAUGAUAAUAGGAUGAUAUCUAGUAAUUGAUAGCUGAUUUCUGAUUGGAAAUUUAUUUAUGCUGCAUGGUGUAAUGACUAUUGGUAUAUACUAUAAUAUUUAUCUAUAAACUUGAUUCAUUUUUCCAAAUUUUGCUUUCCGUCUGUACAUACUCUAGAUUCAAUUUGUUAUUUGACCCCAUUUCAAUGAGUAACAGUUCUGGAAUUCAUACCAGUUAUCUAGAAGAGGGUGACUUUAAAUCCGGCAGAUAUCAAGCCAUGUAGAGAACGAUUCAUUUAUUUAAUGAAUACACAACAUAGGUUGUUCCUCUCAGAGCCAACUAAACUAAAAUACAGUAAUCUGUUUUGGACUAGCAAAAAUCCCUCUGAAGUUUGCAGAAUUCUAAGUUGUGACUUUCAGGAUAGCAAUGAAUUUGUCAUUGCUGAACAUAUCCUUGUCUGGGUCACAAACAGAGAUGGAAUCGUUGUCAACCAGGAACAGUUUAGCACACAUGGACAACUAUUCGGACCAUGUUCAAGCCAUCAUAACAGAGAAUAUGCAAAUGAGGUGAUAAAAUGUCUUCGGCCAGAAGGACUGUCGUUAUUCUACAACUAUUUUGUUAUGAUGCCUUGGCUAAAUAAACUUGGUAUUAGAUAUCAAGAGCUAGAAAAUCAGGAUUAUGACGGAAUUUCUAGUGACGAAGAAUUAACAGAAAGUGCACUGUACAUCAAUGUCAGAAAGGUGAAGCAGAAGCGAGUGAUAGGACACUCCUCAACCACCCAGAUUCCUCCUGCUGUACUGGACCUUAUUCCCGGGGAGUACCAUGUUGAGGAACCUUGUUUGUACUGUGAUGAUUAUUCUGAGUCGGAGUCGGACGAGGGAGAACCUAGAGCGUUGUCAACAGUGAAAAUAACGAUGACAGUAGAUCCGGAGAACUCCCGACAACCAGUCACAAUAACUGGAAGGUGUCACCCUGUGGACAGUAGACAGUACUUUUACCACCACACCAUUGAGCACUGUGUUAUUGAUCCUCUGCCGUCAGUAGAUGUUACUGACGAGUUCGUCAGUUUAUACUGCACCAGCUAUUCUACUCUUCUCAGACAUUUCUCUGCUCUGAAGAAGGAACGUGAAACUGAGAUAAAGUUGCUGAUAUUUUAUUCUUUAGAUUGAUUAGGCGAUUAAUUUUACUAGGUUUAUUAUAAUAUUGUUCUUAAUUUCGUGUACAACUGUAAUUAUCACAAUGGACCAUUGUCUCAGAGUUACGUUUUGGAAGUG